CUCAGACUGAACCUGUUCCGUUCUGCUCCGUUAUAACCUCUCUUACACUCGCAGCUCUGCAGGGCGAAGUACAAACUACAUAAAACUAUAAAAACACAGAGCUGGUUUGUUGGCGUCAGCUGGAAUAACAAUAAUCCAGUCCGAGUCGCGUCUUGUGUUCGGUUGAGGUGUUAAACAUGACAGGUAUCUGGUAGGUAUCUGGCGCUCGGUGAGAGUCUGACCUCUAAACGAGCCGAAUUCUGUUUUAUUCGAAGCUUUAACGAUCUCUAAACGUUUCACUUCGCUCCAUCCAGUCUGUAAUUAUCGGAAAUAUUAUAAAGAACUGAAAGAGAGCUAAAGAUUAGAAAGAAGCGAGCUGGGAGAGAAAGACGAGAGAAAACAUGGAGAGCACAAGUUGGCUGAAACUUGGCAAUUUACUGUCCGUGCUGUUGCUGUGCCCAGGUCUGCUCGCCCAGCUCGAACUGCCCCAGACAAAUGUGGAGGUGAUCCAGGGGCAGAAAGUGAUGCUCCAGGCCUACUUCACAGGCGUUGGUGACAUCAGUAAGGCAACAGUCAUAUGGAACCUGGUUAGCCCAGCAGAAAUGGUCAUUUCCUAUGUAAACGGUGGUGUCAGUUAUGGCAGUAAUUUUAAAAAUCGGGUGAGUUUUCUCUCGAUGCCCAGCAACGAUCUGUCUAUUUAUAUCAAUAACACGGUAGAGUCGGAUUCGGGGCAGUACACCUGCCAGGUCGUGUCUUCUGAACUUUCCGGAGCCCCCAAGGAGCUGACGCUUACUGUGAAGGUCCCUCCUUCUCUUCCAGUGUGUAAACUGCAAGGGAAUCCGGUCCUCAAAGGCAACGUCACACUAACCUGCCACUCCAGCGCUGGCAAACCUGUACCCAAAUACAAGUGGUACAAAACCAGUCCAUCCACAGCAUUUUUCUACUCCCCUACUCUCAAUGAGACUGCAGGAACUCUGAAGCUGAAUAAUCUAAGCAGUAACAUGUCAGGGAAGUACGAGUGCACGGCCACGAACUCUGCGGGAGAGGGAAAGUGCUACAUCAACUUAGAGGUCGUUACCGCGUCUAAUGCUGGAGUGAUAGCUGGUGCCACAGUGGGCGCGUUGGUGGGUCUCGUUCUUAUCAUCCUGUUCGUCCUUUUCUUUUGGAAAAGAAGGAAGGACAGCGAGGAAGACCUGGCUAAUGACAUUAAGGAGGACGCUCAGGCCCCUAAACGCGUCUCGUGGGCGAAGAGCGGCACAGGCUCUGAUGUUGUCUCUAAAAACGGCACGCUGUCGUCUGUCCGCUCCAGCCCUCAACCUCAUGACACAUCAACUUUCAACCAUUACCACCAUUAUCCAGUCAAGCAGCACACCUCUGACACCGCCUCCAUCGUCACCACCACGGGCAGCACGGUCUAUCGGCCUCGAGCUGCGGGUCCCUCCAGCCCUCCAGAACAUCCUGUCCCGAGCUAUAACGCUGAUGUCAUGGUGCCACGCCCGACUCCAGUUCCUCCAGCCUCCAGCUCCAAUGGUGGAUCCUUACCCAGAACUGAUGCGAUCAAGCCCCCGGUUCAACAUUAUAUCCCUUCGUCGAGCGGAGUAAGUGCUGCCAACCUCUCCCGAAUGGGAGCCGUGCCCAUUAUGGUGCCUGCACAGAAUCAGGCUGGUUCUCUUGUCUAGGUCUGAUGUGUACCCGUUUACAGCGCCCCCUGCUGGAACUCAUGCUGGAAAGAACUGAUUCAUGUUAAGUUUUAGCAGAACAAUACAAGAUCUCUAUCUGUUUUUUUAAAGAUUGUCCUGUAUAAAGAAAACGUGCUGUAUGAUGUAACUUUCUUUAAUGUCAUGAUUUUUUAAUGAUGUUUUGUUAUACAUAUAUAAAUAUGUUGUUUUUAUUACAUGAAGUGUAAUAUUUAAUACAUUUACUAUUAAAUGUUGAUGUUUUAUACUUUUACUUAUUGCAGAAAAGUUCAAAGAAAAUCUGCCUUAUCUGUAAACCUGCUGAAAUAUGAGUUUAAAUCAACACUGGUUCAUCGUUAGUUGGAAAUUAUUAGUAUUCUUUAUUUAUACAUUAAAUAUGUACUUUGAUAAAUAAAUAAAUAAACUAUUAAGCCUAGCAAACAUAAUUUAAAAACAAGACACAUUUUUAUAUUAUCUUUACCUGUCAUUUGUACAUAAGCAAAAGCGAAGGUAAAAAUAAAAGAAUUG